AAUAUAAGCAAAACAACUUCGGAUCAUUGCCCUAUGCUUCAUAAGUUUGACAUCAAUAUUGAUAGCAAGCCAGAGAUCUUUCACUUUCAAAAAAUGUGGCUGAGAAGAUCUGAUUCUAAGGAGGUAGUGAAGGAGAACAUUGAACAAGAAGCAGUGAGAUUUUUUAAGGAUCUUUUGAAUGAUGAAGUGGAUUCUCUCCAUUGUGAGACCAAGCAAGCUGGUUUCCUUGGGAAUAUUCUUCAUUUGCUGGACGCUAAUGAUGGGGAGGCUUUGCUCAGACCGAUUGUCAUGGAGGAAAUAAAGAGGGCUGUUUUUGGAUUGAAUGAAGAUAGUGCGCCGGGUGUUGAUGGUUUUGGAGGCUACUUUUAUAGGAGUUGCUGGGACAUUAUCUCCAAGGAUCUAUGGAUUGUGUGCCAAGAAUUCAUGUUGGGGGUUCCCAUUCCUAGAUCUAUUUCUAGUACGCUAAUCACUCUUAUUCCUAAGAAGAUCAUGGCGAAUGGGAAGGUAGUGCAUUAUGGAACGCCUUGUGGUUCAAAGCCGGUUUCACAUCUUGCUUUUGCUGAUGAUGUAAUUAUCUUCUCUAGCGGGCUGAAGCGAUCAUUGGAAGUGCUAAAUGGGUUCUUUAUUGAUUAUGAGAAUGCUUCGGGUCAGAAAAUUAGUCGCCAAAAGAGUACAUUUAUGGUUUCAGAGAAUUGUUGUGCAAGGAAAGUCGCCCAAAUUCAGCAAAUCUUAAGGAUUCAAAAAGGAGCUUCUCUUUUUACUUAUCUUGGAUGCAGGCUCUAUCAAG